AUGCUGCCGUCACUUCUUCUCCCUGUAGGAUCCGCAGUCCUCGCUGCCUCCUCCGUCCUCGCCGCCAAGUGUGGCAGGGGCAGUUCCUGCUCCGAGGAUGAGCCCUGCUGCUCGCAGUAUGGCGAGAGUGUGCCCGUCUGCGAGUCCCGCAGCCUGUCCAUGGACUCGCUCGACCGCGUCCAGUCCAUCGAGAAGUACCUCGGCGACCCCUCCGAGGCCGACUGGGUCUCGUCCGGCGACCCCCUCGUCUACAAGGACAACGUCCUGCUGACGAUGCCCGCCUACAAGGCCGGCACCGUCCUGGCCUCCACCGUCUACAUGUGGUACGGCAACGUCAAGGCCCGCAUGAAGUCGUCGCGCGGCAACGGCGUCGUCUCCGCCUUCAUCCUGCUGUCCGACGUCAAGGACGAGAUCGACUUCGAGUUCAUCGGCGCCGACCUCGAGACGGUCCAGACAAACUACUACUACCAGGCCAACCCCGUCUGGACAAACUCAAAGAACAUCACAGACCUCUCCGACACGUACCAGAACUUCCACGACUACGAGAUCCAGUGGACCCCGGACCAGGUCGUCUGGCUCGUCGACGGCAAGGUCGGCCGCACCCUCAAGAAGUCCGACACCUGGAACGCCACCACCAACCAGUGGGACUUCCCCCAGACGCCCGCCCGUGUCCAGCUCUCCAUCUGGCCCGGUGGUAACUCCACCAACUCCGAGUACACCAUCGAGUGGGCCGGCGGCGAGAUCGACUGGAACUCCGAGGACAUCCGCAACUACGGCUACGACUUUGCCACCUUCAGCGAGGUCUCCAUCGAGUGCUUCAACGCCACCUCCGCCCCAGGCACCAACAAGGGCAAGGGAUACUACUACUCCGACGCCGCCGGCACAAACAACACCGUCGUCGACGGCGACAAGCCCACCGUCCUGGCAAGCCUGAUGGGCACCGGCACCGACAUGGAGGCCGGCGCUAGCUCCGCCUCGGCCAGCAGCUCCGCCGCCUCCGCCAACUCGGUGCCCGGCGGCACCAGCGGCAGCGGCGUCGGAAACGUCGUCGGCGGCGACGGGAGCGGGUCCGGUGACUCGAGCUCGGGCGGGAGCUCCACCUCCAGCAGUGCCGACUGCGCCGCCACCGGCUUCACCGUCGACUGCAAUAACGACUCUGGCAGCGGCAGCAGCAGCAGCGGAGCCGUGGGCGGCAACGACAAGGUGUUUGGGGCCAGCGCCUUUGCGGCCAUUGUCGCCUUUGUCUUCCUGGCCUGGCUGUAG